GGACAACCCUUAAGAUGGCAAACAUAGUACUUCCGCCGGUCAAGGGAAGGUAACGCGUGAGCAAGGGUGCGGUUUGGGACGCAGCCUCACAUUUCAAUACAUUCCUUCACUGGUGUCAUACCUCUCAGCUUUUAUAUAACGGUUUUGUAAAAACUACAAUUCCCACAACAAGGAACCCGCGCUCGCUUCGUCAUAGGCGGUUUUCAAAAAUCGUCAGAAGAGUCUUAGCGGCACUUGUGACUGGCCGCAGAGAGAAGCGGAUGUGCUGGUAUACAACUUCCUAAGAGACGGUAGAGACGCGAAAGAGAAAGGAAACUGGAAAGAUUUUAAACUGGAUGCUGUCUAAUGAAAUAUGCAACAGGACAUAUAGAUGAUUGUUACCAGACUUCUUCUCAGCUUGCUUUUUUGCACAACAUUAAAUGGUACUUCUGCCAUAUCAGUUUUCAUUAAUACCUGAUUCAGAAAAAAUGAGCACUAUUCAUACAAUGCAGCUUCCUGAAAUGUGAAGCUAGUUGGAGAAUGUGUAAACUGUUGCCAGUAUCUGAAAAAUCCUGUUUCCACAAUCAAGGGAGAGGAGAGUAAUCACAUGAACCUCUACUGACAGACGCCCUAUUAAUUGGAAUUUGAAAUUUGUAUUGCUCUGAUUGGGUGCAUCUUGUGAGGUCCACAAGGAUAUUCCAGACUUCAAGAAAGCGACGCAGAAGUGUAUCUUCAAAUACACAACCGAAUAAAAGAAGCGGAGGGGCAAAUACGCUUUCGGCACUGGAAAUGGAAUUGGAAACAGGGACGAUUGAAGUGGUGGAGAACACCAGAUUGCCAAGUGAGGAGGUGGUAGAUCUCACUUGUGAAGGCUCGGAGCCCGUGGUGGUUGAUUUGACAAGCAACGACUCGGUGGAGAUUGUGGAUGAAGGUCCUGGUCGCAGGAGAUCAGGAGGCAGUGAGAGUUACGUGCUCAGCAGUGAUGAAGAGGGCUCCACCGAGAGGGAGGUUUAUGGUUCUGCCAACAUAGCCAGACCGGCUUUCGUCCCUCCCGUGGUGAACAGCAGCUGUUCCAGGUCUGCGUCUGGAACAGUUAGCUGUCCAAUAUGCCUGGACAGCUACACAGAGAUUCUUCAAAGUGGACGGCUCAUUGUAUCAACAAAAUGUGGGCACCUGUUCUGCAGCCAGUGUCUUCGUGACGCACUCAAACAUGCUCAUUCUUGCCCGACUUGCAGAAAAAAACUCACCCACAAACAGUACCACCCCAUUUACAUUUAGCAGCGUGUUCCUUGGAAGUUUUCAUGUUCAGUAGGGGGAAAAAAGACUGCGUAGACCCUUGGGACAUUCUGUGAGUUAAUUUAGCAGCAUCUAUAAACUUGGAUUAACACACUUUCAUUUAUCCAAGCUUUAUUUCUCCCCGUUACGAAAGAAAAUAUCUUGAUGCUGGAAACUGGAGAACUUCCAUCUAUGAUCAGCAGAUUUGGUCCGUUUGUCAGAUUCUAUUCCUUCCCUCUUUAGAAACUGACAACAAAAUGGUUGUCUCUGUGGAGUGAGUGGGAGUGGAGUGGGGACAAGGGACAGGAGUUCAGUGGUAAAACUGCAAAGAGCACUCUGUAUUUCAGGCAUUCACUUACAUCGGUGCAAGCUUAAAUUUAAUUGCACAUUUUCUUAUAUUGUUCAUCUGUCAUCCUCUCUCCAGUUUAAAUCAUUGCUUUGUAAAGGCAUUGUCAUGAAAAACCAUUGCUCAUGGUUUCUUAAAAUUGUGCAAUUCAUUACUAAUUGAGUGAGAAAUGCACAACAAGGAUUUCAGGUUUGUGUUAAAGGUAUUUAAGUCAUUACUUACUAUUGUACUCGGGAGCUUUUGUUGGGAGGUUUAUAAAGUUUGAAGGCACUGAAAGCAAGCUCACUGUACAGUGUCUUUUACUGCUUCAGGCCCUUCUAUGUGAACCAGUGCACAGCAGACCAGUGCCACCUCCCAGUAUGUUUUUAGUAUGUAACAUAGUUUCUGUGCCCUUACUUUCUGUAAAAUACACAUGUAUUUGUAUAUAGUGUAUAUUAAGUUAAUAUUAAAGAUGCAUUAUUUAUAGUGUUGACUAAUUUUGGAAUGUGAUUAUUAUGAUCUGCUUGUGUUGGUUUUUUUUUUUUUUUUUUUUUUUUUUUUGCUUUGUUUUUUUGGUUUUUAUUUUGGGGGGGAAGGGUGUUGAGGGUUCACGUGUUUAGAGAACUUAACCAACUCACCUUUUAAAAACUUAGCAUUAUUGAGCAAUGUUUGGCAUUUUUUUGUGGAGUGGGGGGGAUAACAGAUUUCAGAUGUAUUUAAGCAGACUGCAAAGGAUAGGCGUUGUUGGGUCCAAUGUAACUGAACUGAAAUGUAGGUGCAGUAUCUGUACACUCACUUUUACAUUGUGUGUUUUUGUGGUGUGAUUGCAGGCAAGGGGGCAUUUCUUUUCACCAGAAACGCCAUAAUCGUUUGAUACUUUUGUUUAUAUAAAUUACUGUUAUAACAUAAAUUGGUUAAUUCUACGUUUCAUAAGGACGUGAUUGCUUAUUGCUAGGUAUCCAGGUAGUUUUUCAGUCUCAUGAUAUAAUUCUCAAAUUAUCCUACUUUUAACCUAAUCGUCCGUGACACAUAUAUAUUAAUGCUGUGCUUUUUCUGGCCUUCGUAAUUGAUGUGAUGCAACAAAAAACAAAAACUUUUGAAUGUAUUGUAAAUCAUUUAAAUGUUUGUUUUUUUACUUGUAUUGUUUUGUUUCAUGUUUCAAAAAGAGUGGAUUCUCCCAAAAAAAACCAAAAAAAAAACACACAACCUUAAAAUAGUAAUAAUAAAAUGUUUUGGACAUGAAUGUUUCUUAAAUUAGUUUUCCAUUAAAAAUGAUGUCAACAGCA